AUGAUGCAGUACUUUGAAUGGUACGCUCCCGGCAACGGCGUGCACUGGAAGAAGUACAAGGAGGACGCCGCGCAUCUCGCCGAGAUGGGCAUCACGGCGUGCUGGGUGCCGCCGCCUACGAAGGGGAGCUCGCCCGAGGGUACUGGGUAUGACAUCUACGACCUCUGGGACCUCGGCGAGUUUGACCAGAAGGGCGCCAAGCCGACGCACUGGGGUAGCAAGCAGGACCUGCUCGACGCCAUCGAGGAGGCAAAGAAGCACAAGAUCAUCACGUACAUUGACGCGGUGCUGAAUCACAAGGCUGGCGCAGACGAGAAGGAGCUCUUCAAGGCCACCAUGGUCGACCGCAACGACCGCACCAAGACUGUCUCCGACCCCUACGACAUUGAGGGCUGGACCAAGUUUACCUUCCCCGGCCGUUCGGGCGAGGGCAAGGAGAACGGCGAGGCGAACGGCCACGCCAACGGUGACGCCAACGGGGAUGCCAACGGUGACGCCAACGGUGACGCCAACGGCGACGCCAAGCCCAAGGACAAGGCCGACAAGGCCUACUCCCAGAUGGAGUGGAACUUUAACCACUUCACGGGCAUCGACUACGACGCCAAGACGGACACCAAGGCGAUCUUCAAGAUUAAGGGCGACGGCAAGGACUGGGCCGAUGAUGUCGACACCGAGAACGCCAACUAUGACUACCUCAUGUUCUCGGACAUUGACCACGAGCACCCCGAGGUGCGCGAUGACCUCUUCAAGUGGGGCGAGUGGGUUCUGAACGAGACGGGCGCGUACGGCUUCCGCUUCGACGCCGUCAAGCACAUUUCGCGUGAGUUCAUCGGCGACUUUGUCAAGCACGUCAAGGAGAAGGUCGGCAACGACAACCUCUUCUGUGUCGGCGAGUUCUGGAAGGACUCGGUGCCCGCCCUCAACGCCUACCUCGAUGGCCUUGGCACGCAGUUCUCCGUCUUCGACACGCCCCUCCAGGGCAACUUCAAGGAGGCCUCGGAGGCGGGCAACAGCUACGACCUGCGCAAGAUCUUUGACGACACGCUCGUGCAGUCCCGCCCCAUCGACGCCGUCACUCUCGUCGACAACCACGACACGCAGGUCGGCCAGUCGCUGCAGAACUGGGUUGCGCCGUGGUUCAAGCCCAUUGCCUACUCGCUCAUCCUCCUCCGCGGUGAGGGCUACCCCUGCGUCUUCUACGGCGACCUGUACGGCUGCGGCGGCGACAACCCGCAGCAGGCGGUGAACCAGCUCGAGGACCUCGUGCGUGCUCGCAAGGAGUUUGCCUACGGUGACCAGGUCGACUACUGGGACCACGCCAACUGUGUCGCUUGGCUGCGCAAGGGCGACGACGACCACGAUGGUCUUGUGUGUGUUGCGUGCAACGGCUCCGAGGCGGGCACGAAGCGCGUCGAGGUCGGCAAGGAGCACGCGGGCGAGAAGUGGUCCGACGUCCUCGGCUGGACGCAGGGUGAGGUCACCAUUGGCGACGACGGAUGGGCCGAGUUCUCGUGCCCUGCCCAGUCAGUCGCUGUCUGGACCAAGACCGACGCCCGCGGACGCGAGUACUUCAAGAAGGACUAA